GAAUGCUAAAGUUUCACAAGAAACAGAGUAAGCGAAUGAGUUGUCGAAAGAAAUAUAAAAUCAUUAAGAAGGUACAGAAUCAUAGGCGUAAGCUCCGGCGAGAACAAAGAAAGAAUCCUACAAUCAAAAAGCCAAAAGAUCCUGGCGUACCGAACAGUUUACCCUUCAAAGAAGAAAUUAUUAAUGAAGCCUUAAAGCGAAAACAGCGAGCUAAAGACUUACGAGAAGCACAGAAGGCAAGUCGGUUGAAGUUACAAAUGCAAAACCGGGAAAUUGAUGAUUUAGUUGCUGAAGUCGAGAAGAAGGAUGCGAAAUUUGAAAAGAGAGACGUAGCUUCAGCUACUGAAAAAAAAGCAUUGAAGUCAUCUACGGAUAAAUUUAAAUCCUAUUAUAAAGAAUUUAAAAAUGUUGUUGAAUCUGCAGAUGUCAUUCUUGAGGUGUUAGAUGCUCGAGAUCCUUUAGGUAGCCGAUGUUUGCAAGUAGAGCAGACAGUUAUUGGUUCAGGUAAAAAGUUAAUAUUAGUACUAAAUAAAAUUGAUUUAAUUCCAAGAAAAAAUCUAGCGGAUUGGUUGAAAGUGCUUCGACAAGAACUCCCUACAGUUGCUUUCAAAGCGUGCACUCAAACACAGAAGGAUCAUCUGUCCCAAUCUAAAGUUGCUGCAAUCCAUCUCAAUGAGAGUCUUCAAUCAUCUCGUCGGUGUGUUGGCGCUUCAUUUCUGAUGAAAGUUUUAGGAAAUUAUUGCCGAAACCAAGAUAUUCAAACAUUUAUCAAAGUUGGUGUUGUUGGAUUCCCAAAUGUUGGGAAAAGCAGUCUUAUCAAUAGUUUGAAACGAACACGAUCUUGCGCUGUUGGUGCAACGCCAGGAAUCACUAAAACAGUGCAAGAAAUUUCUUUGGAUAAACACAUUAAGAUAAUAGAUAGUCCUGGUGUUGUUUUUGCUAAGGAUGGAUCUCCUACUACACUUGCACUGAGAAAUGCCGUGAGAGUCGAGACACUCGAAGAUGUGAUGGAGCCUGCAGAAGCUAUAAUACAACGAGCAAAUCCUGCUCAUUUGUGUAUGCAUUAUGGUGUUUCAGAAUUUACUGAUUCUCAUCAUUUAUUAUAUCUAUUAUCGAAACGAAUGGGUAAAAAGCGGGGCGGAGUACCCAACAUUGAAGACGGAGCUAGACGAUUGAUCAAUGAUUGGAACUCUGGCAAAAUCAAGUAUUACACGCAUCCCCCUGAGCUGUACAAACCAUUCAUCCACAUAAACGCAGAAUAUGUUGCAGAGAUGGGAAAAGCUUUUGAUGUCUUUUCAAUGGAAGAACAAAUGGAAUUGGAUAAAGCACCUAAGGUUCUUCCCGGUCAGGCUGUGCUUGUAAAAAGCACUGAACCGACUGAAGGCAUAAGAUCUGAUGAGACUGUAGAAAUGGAAGCUGAUGAUUCAGAAUUGGCAAAUUCAAUGACGUUUGUCCUUUGUGGUAAAGAGAAAAAGAAGCCUGUGCAAGAUAAAUGUGAGGUAAAAGCUCUCUUAAAUGAAUUGCAGCAGAAUAAAAAUUUAAAAAAGAAGUUUAAGCAAAUGAAACGUAGAUGUAAGAAGCUUGAUAAAGUUGCAACUGAGUUGUCUGAAAAAAUAACUACUACAUUAAGUUUGGAUUAGAUUUAUGAAAUAAAUUCAUUUCAAUAUGAAUUUCUUCUCUUCCUCAUAUUUUUUUUUCCUUCCUAAAUACCUGUCAACAAAUGAUUAGUAAUGUAGUUGAUCUCAUUUGGGAUAGUAUAAUUUUCAAAUUGGGAGUGUAAUUAAACUCGUAAGAGUAUCACACAGGGGUCCAGCCAACGUUCUUAUAGUGAGUGUGAAAGGACUCCGUUUAUCAAGCAAUGUUUCCCAAGGGCUGCGCUUGAGAAAUUUUCAGAAAACUUGAUUUUUUAUAAUGGUUUUCAUUGAAGAUUGAAAAGCAAUUCGAAUUCCUCUCUUUUAGUAAGUUCUUUUUCUUCACAAUUAUUGGCAUUUUUUAAAUUUUUCGUCAAAAAGAAAAAAAUUGUUACACCUUUUUCAGACCAAGAAUAUCGGGUAGGCUGGUCCACUCUUUGUGGGGCAAGUUGAACCAGACCAACCUACCCCACUGUAAUUUUAAAACGUUUUUCUUCUCUUAAAUCUCAAUAAAUAUUACAAUCAUUCUAAG